AUGGCUAGCCAAGAUACUAUGAUGAAGAAUCUAGAUGCAAAGAUUGAUAAGGUUGCUCAGUCCAGCCAAGCAUCCAUUCAUAAUUUAGAGGUGCAAGUAGGUCAGUUAGCUAAAUUGGUUACAGAAAAAGAUCGAGGUAAGUUUCCUAGUGCCACUGAAAUAAACCCUAGGGAAGGAGCUAUGGCUGUCACCUUGAGAAGUGGUAAGAUGUUGAAUGAAGUUUUGAAGGAAAAAGAACCAUUGACGGUUGAAAAAGAGAGUGAUAAAGAAGGAGAACAAUUGCCUAAAGAGAAAGCACUUGCCAAUAUGCCAUCUUAUGCCAAGUAUAUUAAGGAAAUUGUGUCUAAUAAAAAGAAACUAGAAGAGUUUGCUACUGUGCAUCUAAAUGAGGAGUGUAGUGCUAUUUUACAAAGCAAAUUACCUCCUAAGCUAAUGGAUCCAGGAAGUUUUUCUAUUCCUUGCACUAUUGGUAAUACAAGUGUUGAUAAAUGCUUAUGUGAUUUAGGUGCCAGUAUAAACCUUAUGCCUUUAACUCUUUUCAGGAAGUUGGGAAUAGCUGAAAUGAAGCCAACAACAAUCUCUCUUCAGCUUGCUGAUAGAUCAGUUAAGUCCCGCGGGGAGUAG